CUAUCAGAUAUCCUAUAGAGGGAGAAUGCAGUCACGUGACUGUUACUGCUUCCUCCCUAUGACAUCGUUGGUGUUGCAGCCAUAGCAGUAAAGAAAGGAUGCUACCAAAUCUGUGGGAUUGGGCUAAAUGAUGUUGCAUUGCAGAUACUAAUAUGGUUAAUGCAGGAGACAUGAAUGGUUCUGGCAAUCUGAUGGAUUUUCUGGAUGAACCUUUCCCUGAUGUUGGGACUUAUGAAGACUUCCACACCAUUGACUGGCUAAGAGAGAAGUCCCGUGACACUGACAGACAUAGAAAAAUUACAAGCAAAAGUAAGGAAUCCAUAUGGGAGUUCAUCAAGAGCUUGUUGGAUGCCUGGUCAGGAUGGGUGGUGAUGCUUAAGAUAGGACUUCUGGCAGGCACUUUAGCUGGAGUUAUAGAUUUAGCUGUGGACUGGAUGACAGACCUGAAAGAAGGUGUCUGCUUAUCCGCGUUUUGGUACAGCCAUGAACAAUGCUGCUGGACAUCUAAUGAAACCACAUUUGAAGACAGGGGCAAAUGUCCCCAGUGGCAGAAAUGGUCUGAGCUUCUAGUUAAUCAGUCUGAGGGUGCAAGUGCUUACAUCCUAAACUAUUUUCUCUACAUUAUGUGGGCUCUAUGUUUUGCUUUCCUGGCAGUCUCCCUGGUAAGGGUGUUCGCACCUUAUGCCUGUGGUUCUGGAAUUCCAGAGAUAAAAACCAUCUUGAGUGGCUUCAUUAUUAGGGGCUACCUGGGGAAGUGGACACUCUUAAUCAAAACUGUUACCUUGGUGCUGGUGGUGUCUUCUGGCCUCAGCCUCGGAAAAGAAGGUCCAUUAGUACAUGUAGCUUGUUGCUGUGGUAAUUUCUUCAGCAGCCUCUUCUCAAAGUACAGCAAGAAUGAAGGAAAGAGGAGAGAGGUGCUUUCAGCUGCAGCUGCUGCAGGAGUUUCUGUUGCCUUUGGUGCUCCAAUUGGCGGUGUCCUUUUUAGUUUAGAAGAGGUUAGCUAUUACUUUCCCCUGAAAACCCUCUGGAGGUCAUUUUUUGCUGCUCUUGUGGCUGCCUUUACACUGAGGUCCAUCAAUCCAUUUGGAAACAGUCGACUGGUCCUUUUUUAUGUGGAGUACCAUACCCCCUGGUAUAUGGCUGAACUUUUCCCAUUCAUUCUUCUUGGAGUCUUUGGAGGGCUGUGGGGGACACUCUUUAUCCGUUGCAACAUUGCCUGGUGCAGGAGGCGCAAGACCACCAAACUUGGGAAGUAUCCAGUGCUAGAGGUCAUUGUGGUAACUGCCAUCACUGCCAUCAUCGCCUAUCCUAAUCCGUACACCAGGAGAAGUACCAGUGAGCUGAUCUCUGAACUUUUCAAUGACUGUGGCGCUCUGGAGUCCUCACAACUUUGUGAUUAUAUCAAUGACCCAAAUAUGACCAGACCUGUAGAUGACAUUCCUGACAGACCUGCAGGUCCUGGAGUCUACACUGCAAUGUGGCAGCUCGCCCUGGCUCUGAUUUUUAAAAUCAUCAUCACAAUAUUUACUUUUGGCAUGAAGAUCCCUUCAGGCCUUUUCAUUCCUAGUAUGGCGGUAGGAGCUAUGGCUGGAAGAAUGGUUGGAAUUGGAGUGGAGCAGGUGGCCUAUCACCAUCAUGACUGGAUCAUCUUCAGGAAUUGGUGUAGGCCAGGAGCAGAUUGUGUCACUCCAGGACUUUAUGCUAUGGUGGGAGCUGCGGCAUGCCUAGGUGGAGUUACAAGAAUGACCGUCUCCCUGGUGGUGAUUAUGUUUGAGUUAACUGGAGGCCUGGAAUACAUUGUUCCUCUAAUGGCUGCCGCUGUAACCAGCAAGUGGGUAGCAGAUGCCUUUGGAAAGGAAGGGAUCUAUGAGGCACAUAUCCACCUGAAUGGUUACCCAUUUCUGGAUGUUAAGGAUGAGUUUACACACCGAACACUGGCAACAGAUGUCAUGAGGCCUCGGCGUGGUGAGCCUGCCCUCUCUGUCUUGACACAGGAUAGCAUGACAGUGGAGGAUGUGGAGACAUUAAUCAAAGAGACUGAUUACAAUGGCUUUCCAGUGGUGGUUUCAAAAGACUCAGAGCGCCUCAUUGGAUUUGCACAGAGACGAGAAUUGAUUCUGGCAAUAAAGAAUGCACGACAGCGUCAGGAUGGAGUAGUGAGCAAUUCCAUUGUGCAUUUCACAGAAGAUCCCCCAGAGCUCCCACCCAACAGCCCUCAUCCUCUGAAACUACGGCGCAUUCUCAACCUGAGCCCUUUCACCGUCACUGACCACACACCGAUGGAGACAGUGGUGGACAUCUUUCGGAAACUUGGACUACGACAGUGUCUUGUCACUCGCAGUGGGAGGCUGCUGGGCAUUAUAACUAAAAAGGAUGUCUUGAGACAUAUGGCUCAAAUGGCAAAUCAGGACCCUGAAUCUAUCAUGUUUAACUAGGCUGGUAAGAGGAGAUGGAAAGAAAUAACUUUGAAGGAAUCUCUUCCAGAGUAAUGUAAAGGCUACGUAUGGCAUUUCAUUUUGUUUAAAGAGAAAAAAAAGUGUGUGAGGACAGGCCCAAGCUAUGACAGGGGAGUAAAUGCAGGAUGGCACUUAAUUAAAUCAGGUAGGCAAUUCUGAAACUAUACAGCUGCAAAAAUCAAGCUGUGUUUCCUUAAUGAGUUUCCUAACAGCUCAGUUGGCAUGGAUGGAGGAGGUGUAAGUAAUAUGGUGUGUGGCAACAACCAGCCAGGAGCACCAGAGGAAUACACCAACAUUCACAACAACUCACUAGACAGAGGUGAAGACUAGAAAACAUAUUUAUAAAUAAGCGAGCUUUGAGGUCUAAACUAGAGAAAUGAGUGUGUAGGAGUCAUGUUGAUUGUUUUGUUACUGAAGUCAUGGUUAUUUAUUUGCUACAGAAUUAUACGGAAGUAUUUUCAUGAGAAAAAAUCAUCCUAUUUAUGGAGAAAUUUGUCAUUUCCAUCUAUUUUUGUAAAAAGUAAUGUGAAAUUAAAGUGGAAUUAAAGCUGCAAGAAUGCACUUUAGUUCACCACCCCCUUACCCUCUCGUCCUUUGCCCCCUGCUUGAAGCCAUUCUACUUAAAUACCAGUAGUUCAGUCAUUCUGUCACUCAGCUCUCUGUACCUAGUGUUCAAAUGCAGCAACUAAUUGAUUUGUAAAGAUUCAUUAUUUCUCUAUGCAAGUUUUGCAUUUUUUGGUACUGUAUUUAGUAUUACGUAAUUUACUAUUACCCUGGAGAGAGUGCAAAAGUCAAUGGGAGUGAUGUGUAAAAGCACAGAGGAACGAAACCCAGCUUCCACUGACUCUAAAUGAGAGUUGGGUGUUUCUCCACAAUGUCAACAAAAGAAACAUUUUUUUCCACAGACAAGAGAAACUCUGCAGUGUUUUCUGUCUCCCAUUUAACUUCUUAUCCUUUAAUUGGCAACUGUCUGCAUUUGCUAACAGGUUACUUGUGUUUACCCUAACAGGACUAAAAUUGCCACUUUUUAAGGCAGCUUGUGCCAUGUAUAGAAUUCCAGUUGCAACCCUCCACAGCACCCUGUUUGGACAAGGGGUCAGAAAAGCAGUUAAGAUUUUGCUUUUGCUGUUGUCGUUAUCCUCUUUUUCAAUUAACUUCACAUAAAUGUAGGUUUAAAAGCUUGUGGUAGGAAAGAGAUCUGAGUACAUUAGGGUGGCAAUGCUAAACCUUCCAAAGUUGAUGCCAGGGUAGAUGCAAAAUGUAGGCAUUUUUUCCUCAAAAUCCCAUUUUGCCUAAAGACAUCUAACUGCCAAUUGCACAGAUAUCAGAUCCUAUUCCCAUCUGUGGGACUAAAUUUGUCCUUAUGAGCAUGCGUGGAAGGGAUUCUCUAGAGCCAUUUAUACUCUAUGGUUAAACAUUUUCAGCUGGGCAAGUAUGUAUCUCUGUAAAAGGCCUUAAAAGUAUGGCCAGAGAAAAAAAAUGGGAUGGGUAGGGUGGAGGGAAGGGGGUUGGAUUCUCUCUCAUACCUUUCACCAUCCAGUAGCCCUAGAGGUUAGGCCACUAGCCCAGAGAAAGGUGCCCAUCACCCUGAGGAGAUUUAAAUUCAUGUUUCCCACUUUUUAGGAGAGUGCCCUAAACACUGGGCUGUGGGCUAGAAAGAGCCAAUUGUAUCCUCCAUCUAACUCAUAAAAGCUGGCCAACCAGAGGGAUAAGUGAAGCCAGAGGAAAAGAAAAGCAGGAGAGUCCUGCUUCUGUGGCUUUAAUGGAUAAACAGUGCCCUGGAAGACAGGUGAGGGCCCUAGAUUCUGAUCCAUGGCCCUCUUCCCUCUUUCCUCCCCUUGCUGAUUGAGGAUAGGGGUUACAACUGAGGGGACUCCUUCCUUUACUGGGAAGGGCUGCCUCUCCAACUAUUUUUGAUAGCAUUGGUUACAAGAUAUGCUAACAUAUGAUCUGUUAAUGGUAUUACAGUAGUAAACAAUUAGCAAGGGCUGUCACUGCUGCAAAGAAACAAUAACGUGUUCUGACUUCAGACUGGUGUACCUGUUUGAGGCAACUCUGGCAAAACAAACAGUGAAUACAAACUAAUCUGGUACUAGUUAGGGUUAACAGCUUGGGUUCAAGCUGUGGGUAUCCUGUGGUUUUAAACUUAAGGUGUUCAUACCCCACAGCCCCCCAAGUCUAUCUAUACAAAGACUUGUUCAUGGAAACAUGCAACAAUUUUCUCUCCAAGUCACAAAGGUGUGAUUAGAGCAGUGGUUCUCAACCUAUUUUCUAGGGCUGUGCGAAAUAGUAUGGUUUUGUUUUGACUUCUGUUUCACCAUUUUGAUGGGACAGUGUUUCAUUUCAUCAUUUCUUUUCAUUUUGAAGCACUGUUCUGUUUCAUUGUUUCGACGCAUUUCGAUGUUUUGCCCAUGGGCUAUAGUGGGGAAUCAUGAAAAUGCCUAUAACUUUGUCAUUUCUUGCCUGAUUUUGAUGAAAAUUGCAGGGGUGGUAUCCCCUUUUGAGGGCAUGAAGUCUGCCAAGUUUUAAAGAGCUAGGUGCAGGGGUUUCUGGGAAACCACACCUCAAACUGCUAAAAGCAAAACUUGUGUCACUUGCCAGCAGCGAUAGCCUCCUGUUAUCUCACACGCAGAUCUGGCCCGUGCCCUCAGGAGCACUGUAGGGCUGUGGCAGACUCCUCCCAGGGGCGCGGGCCCCCAGAUCUGUGCACAGGAUGACAGGAGACUGCCGCUGCUGCCUGGGACCGGUGCUGGGCACAGCCUGCACCUAGCACCGGGAAGACUGGUGCUGCUGCUGGCCCCAGGCACCAUUGGCAGCCUCCUGUCAUCCUGUGUGCAGAUCUGGGGGCCUGCACCCCUGGGAAGAGUCCAGCAGUGCUGGGAGGGCAAUUUGAGUUCUGUGGGGCUAGCAGAGCCACUCAGAGCACAGCCCUGGCUCUCCCUGCCUCCUACUGCUGGGCUGCACUCCAAGUGGCUCCACCAGCCUCAUGGAGCUCAGCCGGGUGGCUGAACAUGGUGGGAGAUCCAGUGGCGGAGCCAAUUUGAGUGCAGCCCUGGUGAGCACAGCCCAGUGGUGGGAUGCUCUGCAGCCCCAUGGAGCUGAGCCUGGCAGCCGGCAGCGGGACGGAGUCACUGGCCAGGGCUGCACUUCAAAUGGUUCUGCCACUGUCUCUCCACUGCCAAGCUCAGGUCUGUGGGGCUGUGGAGCCUCCUGUGCUCACCAGGGCUAUGCUCUGAGUGGCUACACCACUGGCUCUCCCUCCACCUCCCGUCACUAAACUUAGCUCCAUGGGGCUGGUAGAGCCACUUGGAGUGCAGCCUUGGCUCCGAGCACAGCUCGGCUGCUGGAGGCUCCACAGCCCCAUGGAGCUGAGCCUGGCAGUGGAAGGUAGUAGAGAGCCAGUGGCGGAGCUGCUGAGUACAGCCCUGGCCAGUGGCUCUCCCCUGCCUCCCGCUGCCUCUGUCACCAGGCUCAGCUCUGUGGGACUGGUGGAGCCACUCAGAGUGAAACUCAGUGGCGGGAGGUGGGGGAGAGCCAGGGCUGUGCUCUGAGCGGCUCCACCAGUCCCAUGGAUCUCAGCCUAGCAGCGGGAGGUGAUGGGAGAGCCAGUGGAAGAGCCACUGAGAGCACAGCCCUGGCCAGUGGCUCUGCCCUGCCUCCCACCACCAGACUCAGCUCCGUGGGGCUGCAGAGUCUCUCACCACUGGGCUCUGCUCACCCAGGCUGCACUCAGAGCCAGGGCUGCACUCCAAGCGUUGAGGGACCACCUAUCCCCAGAUUACCUUGUCUUCACUGCUAUUUUAACUGAGUUAAGAACACACUUCCUUGCAGUGUAGCCAUCUCUGGAGUUAUAAAUUACAUUUUACAUCAUUCCCUUCACAAGCCCUUUACCAUACUAUUCUCAGUCAGUGUUUUCUAUCAAUAUAUAGUAUGCCCAAAAUGCAUUUCAGGAGUAAUGGAUACAGAUAUAGAUCUCAGUCAUACAUAUUUAACCAAUUCCGUUGAUCUGAAGAUGUAGUCAUAGAGUCUGGUAGUCAUUUCAACAUUUGGAUACAUACAGACAUCCGGGGAGGUUAGAUUCAAUUUAAAAAUGGCCACCCAAUCUAAGCUAAAUUGGGAAGGGCUUGGGGAGAUUAGGGGGGCAAUUACGGUCUGCAGGGAGGGUUGGAAAGAGAUUGGGGGCUGGUGGG